AAGCCGAACUGGAAGCAAAGUGACUCAUCCAAGUGGAUUGACCCCAGUAAAGGUAAAUGGGAAAUAGGUAAACUUUUUCUUCCUGAUAUUGGGUUACAUACCGUGAUCGAGAGCGUCGAAGACCUGGACAUCACUGGAAUUCUGAAUCUGUUGUACUGGUGCAAUCAUUUUCUUGUUCAGCGACCACUGAUUGAAAGUGUCCGAGAAACUAGAAACACAAAAUGGGUACAUGUUCCAAAGUUAGAGUUGAACGACAAAGAAAAACGGGCUGCCUUUCAAACAAUCGAGAAGCUUCUUCAAGAUCCAGUGUUUGUUGGGGAUGUAGAUGUUCAGAACGCUCUUCAGGACAUUUUAGACUUGAAAUGCACGUCAGAUGUGCAAAUAUUCAAAGCCGAGGUCCUAUCUCAUUUCAAGGAGGCAAUUCGAAGCGACAUGUCAAACCUUAAAAGUGACAUGAAGUCAUUAAGAAAGGAAGCCAAGAAAAACGAAAAACAGCGGGCCCGUGUGGAAGGUCAACUACGUAAUUUAAAAACGUCUUUCAAGAAGGUGGAGCAAAAAAAUGAAACAACUACUUUCUCAAGUCUUGUCCAGCCAAUUCUGAAACUUCCCAUUGCCAUCAUCAUUUUAGUGUUCAAAACUGCGGGAGGCAUGAAACAAAAAUCGUUCAACGAUUGCCUACACCUAUUAAUCCUGUUUUGUUGCAUUGGUAUCCUGGAUGAAAGCUCAUAUAAGGACGGUAUGUUGGGGUAAAAUUCGUUUUUUUCAAAAAUUCAGUUGUUUCUUUGUUUGUUUUUUGCGUUCCACUGACAUUUUCAUACAGACUCUCUUUUCUUAGUCUUUACCCUUUGACGACUGCUUUGUUCGUUUUUGUUCCAUAUGGAACGAUACUUUUCGUUCAUGCAGCUUUCAGUUUUAGGUUUAACUGCAAUAGCGAGGUGUAAUUUGUUUUGUGACCUAGACAAUGCAAAUUUUUUUUAUAUCUUGUGGACAUAUUACCCGACCGCGGAUUGGCUAAAAUUCGUGUAACGUUUAUAACGUUAAGUUUUAAAACAAAAGAGGAAUUUAUGCUGCAGCCUCUGCACCGGCUCUUCUCCGCGGAGGCUCAAAGCUAAAAAGGGCAUCGGCGAAAGUGAGCGCGGGCUUAAGAAUUGUUUGGUAAGCGGCGGGGGAGCCUCUUCCAGAAGUUACGUCCAAUAUGGCUGCAAUCCGGGGGAGGCAUUUUUGUAAAGUGUGUAUAACUGAGGUGCAUGGCAUGCAUUGUUUUGUUUAUUUCGGUAAAAUGGCAAGCAAUGAACUUGAAGCUAUAAAAUGUAGUAAAGGCCCAGAUAUCCGUUGCUGUACGAGAAAACGACAGAUUUCGGGCAGAAGUUCCCGCGCUGAAGAAUCUUUCGGAUUUCGCCCCUUCGUGUACUCACUUCGCGCAGCGGAAUUCCAAUAACGUCUCGUUGAACCUCUGCGGAGGAGAGAGGCCUCUCUCCGCAGCCCUACCCUCAUUUCAAUAGAGUUUGUAAUCAUAUUAUACGAUUUUAUUCCACAGGCUGUCCUAGAGAGAAGAUUGGUGUUCCUUUUGGCACCAAAGAGUUUAAUUUUACCUCUUACCUUAAUUAUGCUCGAGAUAAUUUUAUUGGUCGUCAAUGGUUAUUUCAAUUGAUGGAGAAUUCCCUCUACCAUUCACGCCAAGGUGUGUCUGGAGUCUUCAUUACUGGAGAUCCGGGAACUGGAAAGUCUGCGCUGACUGCACAAUUAAUCUGCUCCCGAAAGUCUAAUCCGACCUUCUACGAUCAUGUUCUUGGGUACCACCUCUGUAGAAGGUCUGACAGAAAUACACAGAAUGGAAGAAAGUUUGUUCGUAACUUAGCCGAUAUGAUAGCUCGCAGACUUCCAGAAUACGGGUACAUGGUUGCCGACGAUUCACGAGUCCAGCGAUCACUGAACAAUGACUGUGUCACCAUUCAAGAUUGUGUACGGUGUUUCCAAGAGGCAAUAUUAACACCUUUAGGACUUUUGAAGAAUAAACCGCAAGAAAAACAAAAAUCGUUCAACGAUUGCCUACACCUAUUAAUCCUGUUUUGUUGCAUUGGUAUCCUGGAUGAAAGCUCAUAUAAGGACGGUAUGUUGGGGUAAAAUUCGUUUUUUUCAAAAAUUCAGUUGUUUGUUUGUUUUUUUUUUGCGUUCCACUGACAUUUUCAUACAGACUCUCUUUUCUUAGUCUUUACCCUUUGACGACUGCUUUGUUCGUUUUUGUUCCAUAUGGAACGAUACUUUUCGUUCAUACAGCUUUCAGUUUUAGGUUUAACUGUAAUAGCGAGGUGUAAUUUGUCUUGUGACCUAGACAAUGCAAGUUUUUCUUAUAUCUCGUGGACAUAUUACCCGACCGCGGAUUGGCUAGAAUUCGUGUAACGUCUAUAACGUUAAGUUUUAAAACAAAAGAGGAAUUUAUGCUACAGCCUCUGCACUCUCUUCUCCGCGGAGGCUCUAAGCUAAAAGGGGCAUCGGCGAAAGUGAGCGCGGGCUCAAGAAUCGUUUGGUAAGCGGCGGGGGAGCCUCUUCCAGAAGUUACGUCCAAUAUGGCUGCAAUCCGGGGGAGGCAUUUUUGUAAAGUGUGUAUAACUGAGGUGCAUGGCAGGCAUUGUUUUGUUUAUUUCGGUAAAAUGGCAAGCAAUGAACUUGAAGCUAUAAAAUAUAGUAAAGGCCCAGAUAUCCGUUGCUGUACGAGAAACCGACAGAUUUCGGGCAGAAGUUCCCGCGCUGAAGAAUCUUUCAGAUCUCGCCCCUUCGUGUACUCACUUCGCGCAGCGGAAUUCCAAUAACGUCUCGUUGAACCUCUGCGGAGGAGAGAGGCCUCUGUCCGCAGCCCUACCCUCAUUUCAGUAAAGUUUGUAAUCAUAUUAUACGAUUUUCUUCCACAGGCUGUCCUAGAGAGACGAUUGGUGUUCCUUUUGGCACCAAAGAGUUUAAUUUUACCUCUUACCUUAAUUAUGCUCGAGAUAAUUUUAUUGGACGUCAAUGGUUAUUUCAAUUGAUGGAGAAUUCCCUCUACCAUUCACGCCAAGGUGUGUCUGGAGUCUUCAUUACUGGAGAUACGGGAACUGGAAAGUCUGCGCUGACUGCACAAUUAAUCUGCUCCCGAAUGUCUAAUCCGAUCUUCUACGAUCAUGUUCUUGGGUACCACCUCUGUAGAAGGUCUGACAGAAAUACACAGAAUGGAAGAAAGUUUGUUCGUAACUUAGCCGAUAUGAUAGCUCGUAGACUUCCAGAAUACGGGUACAUGGUUGCCGACAAUUCACGAGUCCAGCGAUCACUGAACAAUGACUGUGUCACCAUUCAAGAUUGUGUACGGUGUUUCCAAGAGGCAAUAUUAACACCUUUAGGACUUUUGAAGAAUAAACCGCAAGAGAAGCGGUAUGUUGUCAUUGAUGCCUUAGAAGAUUGCCAGAGUGAAACAGCUCCCAGUUUUGUUAAUUUGCUUGAUAAGAAGCUUCGGUUUCCAUCAUGGCUAAAACUUGUGAUGACUUCUCGCAACGAAACUAGCUUUUCCAUAAAUUCGAACCACUUCAUAAAGCUGAAAAUUAAUCCUGAAGAUACUCGAAAUAUACAGGACAUUAGAACUUUCUUGGCGGCGAAACUUUCCCAAGAUGGUCCUUUAAUCCGUCCAAUAACAUUUUGGUUCGGAGAUAAUAGCACAAGAAAUACCGCACCAUUGACAUCUGCCCUGUUGAGCAAAAGUCAAGGAAAUUUCUUGCUCGCUAAGGAGAUGCUUCAUUUUUGGGAAAUCUCUAGAGCUGAAAUAAUUGAUCCUUACUCGCUGCCUGAAACGUUAGAAGAAUUAUACAAAAGACAAUUUGAACGAUUGUUCAGUCCAGCGGAAAAUUUUGAACCUCUACGCCGAGUGUUAGAAUUACUUGUGGCCUCUUUUCAACCAGUCUCUUUUAAACAGAUUUUCGAUAUUCUGAGAAGAAAAGAGAAUCGUGAAGAAGCUAGUAGGUUGAAAUAUAGAAUGAAUGAGCUGGGGCAUUUUUGGAGAUACGAAGAAAACGACAGAGUGACAAUUUAUCAUCCAUCGUUAACAGAAUGGCUCACAAGUGAAAGCAAUACAAAUGGCCCAUUUUACGUCCGCAAGAAAAAGGGACACGAAAUGUUUUGUGACUAUUAUUUUAGCUUAAUUACUGAGGGACACAACUCCUCGUUGCCAGAGUACAUUCUCAACUUCGCUCAACACAUUGCUCAUGGCAGUUGGAAAAAAGAUUUCCUUAAAAAAUUUCUCACUGUGCCCUCAAAAGUUUUUGAUUCAUCAGAUCCUACAAUUAAUAGGACUUUGUUGCACCUUGCUGCUACGAUAAACAGCACAGAUGCAUUGGACCUAUUGUUGCGUCAUAUUACUUACGAUGAUUACAUUGAUAAUCGUGGAAUAACCCCUGCGUUUUUGGCCGCAGAGCAUGGGCUUGUGCGUAACUUGGCUUUAAUGGUAAAGAAAGGAGCCAACAUACAUCAUGAAACAAAGUCUCUGUCAUCUACUUACAAACUGCAAGGGGAAGAGUCUUUAGAAUCUGACAGUAUGAAUGUUAGGUGCAAUCCAGUGUUUCAGUCUAAAUCAAAAUUAUUUUCUUCUACAAUGCUUCACGCAGCAGCUCAUGGAGGUCACUUAGAAGUAGUUAAUUUUCUAAUUGACAAUGGUGCGAACAUUUCGACGGUCAAUGGUGUUCACUUGACUGCAUUACAAGUAGCUGCUGAGAAAGGACAUGGGGAGGUUGUUAAAACAUUAUACGAAGCAGGCGCCGUACCUGAUCAAACUGCCCUCCAUCAUGCCGCAGCAAACAAUAAGUUAGAAGUAGUCAAGUACCUUUUACAAAUUGGUGUUACAGAUAAAUGCAUGAGAUGCGAUGGGUCUUUCUACUGGCUAAAUGGAAAAUAUCGGCUGCAAAGAGAUAAUUUUUCUAUGCCAUCUUUUGCUCGACUGUACAAAGAUUGCAUUCAUUCAAACUCAAAAAUAAAACGUUUUGAGAUUGACUUAGAGCAUGGAAACACUAAGGAUAAAGAAGGAGAACUUUAUGACGACAAACAUCUAAUAUUCUGUGAAACUGCACUUCAUGCAGCGGUCUCAGCUGGCCAUGAAGCGGUGGUCAGGGAACUAGCUUCCCACCCAGCCACAGCGUUAACCUGCCGGGAUUAUUCAGGAAGGACUCCUCUGCACGAAGCAGUCCGUAAAGGUAACAGCCGAAUAGUAGACUUGCUGCUUUGGAGAGAUCCAAAUCUGGUAUAUGAAACUUGUAAUAACUUGCAAAGUUUCCACGAGAACAUUAUUCCAUUAGCAUGGACGUUUCAUGAUGGAACAACAUGUGACAUUACAAUUAAAUCACAGCAACUGAGAUUUGAAGAAGUUAAAGAAUAUGAUAAGGAUAUAUGUCACUGCGGAUAUACUCCACUUCAUCUGGCUGCUCGGUAUGGGCUUACGGAUAUAGGGCUCCAACUUGUCAUUUCUGGCGCAAAAGUGGAUGCUCCUGACUGCCUAGGCGCAACACCUCUUCAUGUGGCUGCUUGUCAUAAUCACAUAGUUUUCGUACACGUCAUAGCUCACGCAAACUUUGGCGUUAAUGUAAACAGCAAGAGUUCCAACGGAUCGACACCUCUUCAUAGCGCUGCAGCAUGCGGUGCAGUCGAGGUCAUUGACCAUCUGAUUUACCAUGGAGCCAAUGUAACUGCGGUUGACGAAGGUAACUUCUCACCAUUACAUUAUUCAAUUCUCCAUGUACGACCACUCAAUCGUGAAAAACAACUGAUCAGAACCAGUUCGUGUGAUGUGACACUUCUCCUAACACUGGUUGACCACAGAGGCCCAGAUCAUCUUUGUAUGACCGGGAAUCUUAUCUACAUUGAAAAAGAAGCUAAAGAAUAUCGAUGGCUUGAUGCAUUUCUUCAUUUGAUAGAGCGUGGUUCAAGAAUAAAUUCGGUCGACUCAUAUGGAAGAACGCCUUUGCAUUUAGCAUCGGCAAACGGUUUGGCUGAUGCCGUAGUUUUUCUAUUACGUAAGGGGGCUAAGCUUGAAAUCCGUGAUACGUUUGGCAAAACACCAUUAGACGUUGCAGUGGAAAAUUGCACAGUAGAAUCAACAUCUCCUCCGUUUGUUAUUGGUAGACGUUUCCUUGACUUGCCAAAACAUUUACGUGACAAUGAGAUGGUUGUUUACCUACUUCUGUCAAAUGGAGCCUCGUUCAAGAAAUGCGAGCGUAAUAGUACGAGUUUGUUACACCACGCUCUGGCAAAAAACCAGCCUUACAUAGCUCAAAUCUUAUUGUUUAAAGGAGCCAGUGUUCAUUGUAAAGAUAGUUUUGGACGAACACCUGCCUUAGAUUUAAUUGCUAAUGGUGAAAGUUGGACAGAUAUUCUUUUGAAACACUUACAUUAUUCCACCGCAAUUAAAUGUGGAGAGCCUUUUAUCUCAUCGAUCUUUCAUUUGUUUUGUUUUUUCCCCCCAAAGCGUCAAGACAAUAAUUUUUUUCAACAAAUUAGAUGCAAAAAACAAGUUUGCCUAUCAAGGAAAAGUUUUCUUGGGAGAGCUAUGAAAAGGCAUCGAUUGAAGAGCAAAAUUAUUGAUUCUUGUCUAGACGCGGAGGGUUUUAGGCCCAUUCACAGAGCUGCACAGGGAGCCAACUUAAUAGGUGUUCUCAGCCUUCUAGAGCUUGGUGCAAACUCGUCCUUAUUGUCUCCACAAGGACAUGACACGAUUACCCUUGCAAUACUGCACUCAGGAGGAGGCAUUUGGCACUUCCAUGACAAAGAAGAACUGAUAGCAAGGAACGAUAACGCAUCUCUUGUGGCUCUCGAGCUCCUUCAUCAUGCCAUGAAAACUCGUAGUUUCCAGAUUGUAUGUGACUCGAGCAAAUCCGAAAUGACUUUGUACCAUUUAGCAGCUUCUCGUGGGCUGGUUAAGUUCAUACAAGAAAUAUUAAAAGAAAAGGAACGUCAUCAGCUAAACGUGAAUUGUCCUAACAAAGACGGGGUCACGCCACUUUACUUAGCGGAAGUUUUUAGCUUUGAAGCCAAUGAGAGCAGUUAUAAUCCAUGGAGAGAGGUCGGGACUAUAAUUAAGGAGCAUGGCGGUAAAUUGGUGUUUCCAGAAAAGGAUGCUGAGUAUACAAUCAUCUAUGAAAGGUUGUACGGUUGGAUUCCCAAUAGUCUGGAAUUAAGUUUGAGGCCUGACGUCCUAAGUUUCGUACUUGCACUUUGGUCUAAAUUCCAGGACAGGCAGAAAAGUCAAAGGCAGUAUAACUGUAACUGGGACUGGACAUUGAAGAAUAAUUACAGCGUUUUAUACUCGUCGUACGAUGCCGUGUUAAAUGAGAUAACACGUCAAUGGAGAUUAAUAAGGCGAAAAUGGAUUAUUAUAAAACCAUUUCAGCCCGAGGUUGGGGCCUAUCGGUCCUUUACUGGCGACAUAAAAAAGUGUCUAAUUCAAAAGAAACGGCAUCGUUAUUCUACUAUUUACUUAAAUAGGAUGAUUACAACAGCCUAUGUCAUUAGAAAAGCAAUUGGCGAGGCUAAAGGAAAAGUGAGGUACAAAAAAGUCUUGAGGAUUUCACAGAUAGCGUUGUUUUAUUUAAUGAGGUGGUGGCACCUGAGAAUGUUCCAAGAUUUUGGUUGUUUUUAUAGUGUGCUUGACAAGUAUAAACCGUUUCUGUUGGAUGAGAAAAAAAUGACUCAAUUAAUUACAACGUUUACAAGAAGUCAUUUAGACUGGAGUUUGGAAGUGACCUGUUCAUUUAUUAAGUUGGUAUUUCGUACUUAUCUGGAAAGUGAUUUGUGCAUUCUUGGUAUCAUUGACAUUAAUUCUGUAUUAAGAAAUCAGUAUCCAGACUUCAUAAGUAAUCGAAUGGGUUGGACUGUUGAUAAAAAAAAGUCCUGGCCAUUAGAAUUCCUUUUAAAGUUUUCGUUAGGUCUCUACCAUCAGUAUGAAUACUUAAAAAUACUCAGUGUUGGAUUAGAACAAGGAACUCGUCUUGCACUGCAUUCUGAAAAGUUUGAGCGGGAGUGGAGAACGGUAUGGGAAACGUACCGUGGAAGAUUUUGUUCCUAG